GCGGCGGCGCAGCGGUAGCGGCAGUGGCAGCGGGGAAGGCGGGGGUGCCUUCAGGUGUCUGCGACCUCGCCACCUCCCGCCCGGAAGUACCCAAGGGUCCGCUAUGGAGCCAGGCGCUCCGUAGCGCAGCGGGCAAGGCAGGUGCCAUGGCCCUGAUCGAAGGGGUGGGUGAUGAGGUGACCAUCCUUUUUGCGGUGCUUGCCUGCCUUCUGGUGCUGGCUCUCGCCUGGGUCUCGACACACACUGCCGAGGGUGCUGAUCCACUGCCCCAGCCGUCAGGGACCCCAACACCGACACAGCCCAGCGAAGCCAUGGCGGUCACCGACAGCAUCAGGGGGGAGGCCCCAGGAGCUGAGACCCCCAGCCUGAGACACAGAGGUCAGGCUGCACAGCCAGAACCUGGCGUGGGGCUCCCAGCAACACCGCCACCUCCAGACUCCCCCCAGGAGCCCCUAGUACUUCGGCUGAAAUUCCUCAACGAUUCAGAGCAGGUGGCCAGGGCCUGGCCCCAUGACACCAUUGGCUCCCUGAAAAGGACCCAAUUUCCUGGCCGGGAACAGCACGUGCGACUCAUCUACCAAGGGCAACUGUUAGGAGACGACACCCAGACCCUGGGCAGCCUUCACCUCCCUCCCAACUGUGUUUUCCACUGCCACGUGUCCACUCGGGUGGCUCCCUCCCAGCCACCGUGCCCGCCGGGGUCAGAGCCAGGCCCCUCCGGGCUGGCAGUAGGCAGCCUGCUGCUGCUGCUGCUGCUGCUGCUCUGGUACUGCCAGAUCCAGUACCGGCCCUUCUUUCCCCUGACCGCCACUCUGGGGCUGGCCGGCUUCACCCUGCUCCUCAGCCUCCUGGCCUUUGCCAUGUACCGCCCGUAGUGCCCCCACGGGCUCUUGGCAGUGUUGCUGGCCCCUCCGGACCUUGCUCCCCACGACACGGUGGGAGCUGCUGUCUGCCCAGGCCUGCCUCUCCGACCUGCCUCUUCCCACUACCCUGGAGCCCAGCCCUGCGCCGCAGAGCACUCCAGGGGCCAGCGGAGGCCCCUCCUUGUGACCUCCACGGCUCUGGGCCGCCCCCCGGGGCAGCUGGCCCUCAGCACCCACUAACAGUUGGCUCCUCUGGGUCAGACAGCUGCUGUCGCUGCCUUGGCCCUGGGCAGAGCCGGGCCACGCCCCUGGGCCCUUCUUAGUGUUCUGCCUGAGAAUCCAGCCACCUCUAGUCCCUGACAGCUCCUUGGGCUGAUUUAGGGACUCAAAGACUGUGAGGGGCUGGAGAAGGGGA